ACUUGUUCUUUCAGUGGAUAGCAGAUCAUCUCUCUGAGACCUUGCAGUGCGUCUUGCUGUUUUUCUUCUGGUAGGGCUUCAGCACCAUGAACAGCCUGUCCUUGGACAGUCUGGACGCUGCAGCUUUCUUACUGAUCUGGCAACAUUUUGACGUAGAUGAUAACGGUUACAUUACAGGAAAGGAGCUGCACGCCUUCUUUCAACACAUGCUGGAAAAAUGUGGGAUAAAGAGAGGGGAGAUACAUGAGGACAAAAUAAUAAGACUAAGAGAAAGAUUCAUGUCUGCUCAUGACACCGCAGCUGACGGACAUCUGCAGAUACAAGAGCUGGCCACCAUUAUGCUGCCAGAGGAUGAGAACUUCCUACUUCUGUUUCGCAGAGAGACUCCAUUGGACAAUAGCGUGGAGUUCAUGAGGAUCUGGAGAUGCUAUGACUCAGACAGCAGCGGCUACAUCUCAGCCAUUGAGCUCAAGUUCUUCCUCCAGGACCUCUUCCUCCAACACAGGAAGUCCAUCACCCCUGAAAAACUGGAGGAGUACACUGACACCAUGAUGAAGAUGUUUGACAAAAAUAGGGACGGCAGACUGGAUUUGAAUGACCUGGCCAGAAUUUUGGCCCUGAAAGAGAACUUCUUACUGAAGUUUAAGAUGGACGCUUGCACUCAGGAAGACAGGACGAGAGACUUUGAGAAGAUAUUUGCUCACUAUGAUGUUAGUAAGACAGGUGCGUUGGAGGGUCCUGAAGUUGAUGGAUUUGUCAAGGAUAUGAUGGAGCUGGUGAAGCCCAGCAUUAGUGGCACAGACCUGGACAAGUUCAGGGAUGCCCUGAUGGGUCACUGUGACAUCAAUGGAGACGGAAAGAUCCAGAAGAACGAGCUGGCUCUUUGCCUCGGCCUCAAACUCAGCUAACGGGCCUUCACAACAUUCACACUUCUAUCUUUUCCUCCAUCACUCCAUUCACUUUCACCCUCUCUUCCAUCUUCCUACUCCUUAUUUAAAGUUCUAAUUUCUUUCUCUUUUUAAAUUUUAGUGUGCAUCUUUGACUUUUCCUCCCAUCUGACUCAUUCCUUCUCCCAUCCUACUUCAGCAGUAUAUCUUCUGGUGUUUAAAGGCUGAAGUAUCUACAUAUGUUAUGCUCGUUAAUAUAAGCACCGUACAUCUCUAUCAUUUUAUAUAUUUUUCUGUAUUAAAAUUCUUAGCAGAAGUUGAAAUAUUAUUGAAUGUGGAUUU